GCACCCUAUAUAAGUCGUAUAUAAAGAUGAGCUGGAUGCUGAUGUUCUAUUCUUCGGAGGACCGCCGUGAAAGUUUCGCUGGAUGCACUUGAAAUCCUAUUUCCUUCGAAUCUCGUGGAACAGUGUGCAGAUGCGUACAACUGGAAAAAGAAAUUCCUAAUUAUUAUCGAUGAAACGUACCGCCGUUCAACGAUAAAAUGUAAUUCGCCUUAAGCAGUCAUAGAGACAAGUGACAACACCGAGAGUGACGCCGAAGGAUCUUUGGUACCGCUUCGAUCAUUCGUGAUUCUUUUAUACCUACCACAAAAUGAGGUCAAGGUAUUUCAAACAUUUCGUUCACAAGAUGAUUAUUGUCUGCUGUUUCAUGGACCUCACCGUCGCCGGUGUUCUCCAGCACAGGUUCCCUUGCGCCCCGAUAGACUCGGUUUCCGUGGACGGUGCAGCGGUUCCAGUAGCCUGCGCCCUUCGGUCCGCCGGAAGCAAGACUCCGCAUCCGACUUACGUCAAAGUGUCCACUCCGAUUUCUUACAGGCUGCUGCCGAAGAGCUCGUCGUUGGUAUACAUCGCGCCGGCCAUCUUCAAGACGGCGUCCGCCGUCGUGGCGACGGACACGAGCAAUGAAAAAGAAACGGAGUUCACGGCUUACCCGAAGUACUCGUUUAAUUACGGCGUCCUGGAUGGAUACACCGGCGACUCCAAGUCGGCCUGGGAGGAAAGGGACGGCGACACGGUCAAGGGUGAAUAUUCGGUGGUCGAAGCGGACGGAUCGAUCAGAACGGUUACUUACACGGCGGACAACGAUAACGGGUUCAACGCCGUCGUCACGAGGAACGAGCCACCUAAAACCUUCAAACAGGAAACUAAUUUGAAAACCUUCUUGCCGGGCAUGAUUUUCUCUCGCCCUCGUUAAAAUUAUCCAAAUAUUCUACAGCACUGUUUCCCGUUGCCCUAUUUUUCACUUUGAUUCUCGUUCAAUCGGAGACGCAUCUCUAUUUUUCUGAAUAACUUUCUACAAUUAUCGGACGACCAUAAUUACCUGUUGUUGUAAACGAAACUCUUCCGUCGCUGAAAAUUGUCGGGACCUUUGCCACUUCUACUUUCUUCUCCCUAUCAUUUUAUCUUGCGAAAACCUUCAAACGCAACAAUCCGUUUAUUAUUCGUUGCGGAAAUUCCAGCAACGAGUUUCGCGUUAUAUCGACGAGUGUCUGUUAAAAAUAAA